AUUUCCGGCACAAUAAGCACGCCUCUCCGAGCACUGAUGUCAACACAGAUAGAUAGGGAGAGGAGGACCCAGGUGAGCCUUUGCCCCGUGUUAGCAUCGAGCGUCCCCACCCCACGCACCUAAAACUUAGUCCCAAAUUCAAGCUUGGAGUCUCCCGUGUCCUCACUUACCGACACCAUCUCUGCCGUGAUGGCUAAGAACCGCUCUCCAGAUAAGAAAUGCAGGAGCCGGACCAAGUUCGUGGAGUAUGUAGGUUCCUUUACAGUGGAGGAUCAAGAUCUUGAUGAAAAGACAUGGCGGAUCCACCAACAGCUUCAUAUUCUGAAGAAUCUUCCUCGAAAAAUGGCAGUAAUACUAAAAUUCUCAUCACAAGGAAUAAAGAUGUACAAUGAAAAUAAAGAGACGCUGUUGAUGGCUCAUGCCCUGAGGAGAAUCUUAUAUACAACGUGUCAACCGGCGGAUUGUCAGUUUGCAUUUGUCACACGCAACCCCUACAGACCACCAAGUGAGCUCUUCUGCCAUCUGUUUGUCACCACACAGCCGAAUGAGGCAACCAUUCUGAAUUUGCAGCUGUGCCGGUUGUUCCAGGUUGCUUCCUGUACAAAAUACCGAAGAGAACAACAGAGCAAUGUUUUUGCUACCCAGCACCCUAAACAGGAAACUCACCAAGAAUCAUCCUCUCCAGUAUCAAUUAUUUCUACAAGAUGUGGGAGAGAGCACUAUGGAAAAAUGGAGGUUUCCUUGAAUGUCAGUGCCUUGGUCUCCUUCAAGAGACCAUCACGGCAAGAGGAAAUCAGAUCGUCAGAAGAAAUAGAUACCGAGGAAACCAUUAAAAGUGAAAACUAUGGUUGCUGUACCAGUAAAACAGUGGCACAUGAUUCCACAAGUGGUUCUAAGGUUCAAUCAAAAGAACUGGAGCCUUUUGAAAAAUCUUUAGAAGACUGUCCAUUCUCUUCACUCACAUUAGUGCGAAAGAAAGCGAUACGUAACAAAGGGAUCAGGUCAGGAGCUUACAGGAGUUCUACCUUCAAGAGACAAUUCCAACAAGCACUAGCAGAUGGCUAUAGUUGCAGCCUGGGAGAUGAACUUAUGGAAUCCUGGAAAGCACUCGCACCACUGCAACAUGAAGAAGUAUUAAUGGAUACAGUUUGGGCCAGUGCUGGACUACCCAGGGAUUAUGCCACAGCACUGCUAAAACGUGAUGUAAUGGGAGCCUUCUUAUUGUGGGUGAAUCCUGGCCCCCUACAGUGUUGGACACUAAUAAUGCGGACCCCAUUUGGCGUGAUAAAUUACCUUAUCUGUAAAAAUGAUGAAGGCAACUAUUACUUGCAGCAAUUGAACACACUAACAUUUCCCAGCAUAAAAGCCUUGAUAGAACAUUACACAGCAAAUGAAGAUGGUCUCUUUUGUUGCCUAAGUGUUUCAAGGGUAAAUCACUGCUAUGAAGAACAUGAUUCUACUGAAAACUAUUGUUUGCACCCAGUCCAAAGCAAACCAGAGGACAGACAGAUUGCUUCGGAUUAAUGAUGUUGAAUUUCCAAAAACUGAUAAGGUUGCUUUUUGCAGGUCAUAUCCAGAAGCUGGCUGCCUGUUAUGAUGUGCAGAGUGGUUGAGGAAAAUUUAAUCUAAUAAAUUUGAAUCCACCACAGAUAUUGUCUCAUGUUCAGUAACAUCAGACACUGCUGCAGCGGUCCCAGACUUUACUGUUAUGGGGAUUGAUCUCAAUAGCAUGUGGGAAGUUUAAUAAUAACGCUGUCCUGUGAUUCAAACAGGAUACUUAUAUAUACCGCAUGUGUGUCCCUUUAGUCCCUUCUGUGGCAGACCAUGCUAGCACUUAAUGAGUUGAAGUUUGAUACAAAUCAUUCAAUUGCUUUACUUCAUAGCAAAUGCACAGACAGUUAUGAUCAGGUUAGAAAAGUUCAAUUAAUACCACCCAUUAUGGCAUAAAGAUACAAAAUAGAAACACACUUCACCAUCAGUGACGUGUUUUUAAUUAAUGUAGGAAAGAGGGUUUAUCCUCCAAUAUUUUUAACCUCAUUGCUUUUCAGUUUCAAAAAAGCGCAUCUUUGUGUGCUUGUUUCUCCUGGUUUAGAAGAGCUUGAUGGUAAAAGAACUUUCAAACACAGGCUUUGGUAUCCUUCGCUCACCCAGAUGGGCAACCAAAUUUCUAAUCUCUGUUUAGCAUCUGGAUCUAGUGCCUCUUAAAUAAUUGAUGAGAAUGUGCAUUGUUCUUACAAACAGUAUGAAAAAUAAAUAAAGCACUUCCUGUGGAAAUAUUGUCCAAAGUACUAAAAUGUAAUACCAAUCUGUGCAAGAAUAAUGGUUAACUUAAAGCUUGAAGCCAAGUAAGGGAUAUUUAUAAGCAAAUUAGCUGAUGAAAAUGUUUUGAGGAAUGAUCAAUUGCAAGAUCUAAAUGAUCCUAGAUUUUUCUUUUCAGCUGCUGUUCUGCAAAAAUACAUUUUAGACUUUUGCUGACUUCAGUGAGAUGCUACUAGGAGAGAGGAGGUGAGACUUAGAACUGCCCAUAGCUUUAUCCAAUUUCUUUCUGUGCCUGUGAGAAUGUGCAAACUUCAGAAGUUGCUGAAAUGUAAUCAAAUAUAAUACUUGUUUACUACUUGCUUUGCUAGACUGCAGUUUAAUAAUACGGUUGCUCAUAAACAAGUCUAUUACUUUGGAUUUAUUUUUCAUCUGUUGGAAUUAAGGAAAAGCUAGAUUUUAAAAACUAGAAUUUUAAAAACUAGAUUUUGUUUACAUUUAGAAUUCUUGGUCCUCAAGGUCCUGAACUGUGUCAUCAAAAAUAAAAAUUUUAAAUGAAAUUGGAAAGAACGAAAACAAAAAAUAAGUACUAAAAAAGCCUGUGCUUAGGCUAAAAAAAGAGAUCCAACAUGCUGUGCCUUUAAUUAGUAGAUUUCUCUAGGUUUUGGAGUACAUUCUAGUGGGUCCAGACAUUCUCGUGGCAGAAGGACCAAGGUAAAAAUCAGGUAGUUACAGACACAUAAGUGAAUAUGGGGAAUACAUCUCAUCAUCUACCCAACAGACUAUUGGGGGAGUUUAUUUUUCUUUUGUACACUGUAACUGUUCUAAUAUUGCACUGUAUUAAGAAUUACUUGUGCUUAAGUAAAAUGAUCGUAGUGCUAUGAACAAGGAGUCAGCUUGACAUGUUGAACAAUCAGUCCAAAGAGACUUUAAAUUUAUUGCAGCUGAUCAGCUUUAACAACUAUAGGCACUUAGACCAAGUAUCAGAGUUAGCCUCAAGAAAAUAUACAAGAGUGGAAAUUGAAAAUGUACUGAUCCUACCUUUAAAGCAGAGAUACUGUUUUGCACCUUGAUGCAGAUUAUGGCACCAACCGCGAUCUCUUUUGCUUCAGUCUGCGUGCAACAAAUUCUAAUUAAUUGCUGUAUUAGAAGUGUCCUUUUUGAUUUAAUAAGAUUAUCAUGAAAUCAUAAAGUAUUGCAGUGAGAAUCGCAAAUGGUUUGAAGCUGACUUAAGUCGUUAGAUAAUCUUAGCAAGUUUGCCUUUCUUUUAAUAAAGCUAUGAUGCUAAAAUAAGGUCAAGAAACAGCGAUACUAAAGAAUUUGUUUAUGUUCUGCACAUUGGUAUUAUGUAUGGUUCCUAAAUAGAAUACAAAUAUUGAAUACAAAAUAAGUACAAACUUGUUCCAGUUAUGUUUUUUAUUAAGAUGUGGUCUUAAUGAUACAGGGUCUUUGCGACUAAUUCAUUCUCACUGUUCUUCACUGUCCUUAUGAUCUCUGAAAAAACAAAACAAAUCUGUUCUAUUUAAAUCUCUAUAUUGUGCUUUUUGACUUUGAAUGUACAAUCUUGUGUUAAAGAUGU